AUGGAAAUUCGUGCCGAGAACGAAAAUGCACAACUGCUGCUGCACCACGUUUUCAACGUUCGCGCCCCAAGCUUCGGCUGUGGUCGAGCAGACAGUAUGUCUUCUCAAUCUGGUUCAGCAGUGAAGGAAUUCAGAAAGAGAAAGCAUGAAGGUGAAAGCAAAGAAUCGACAAAGAAGCGCAAACAGCAAGACAAUACCAACAAUAAUGUCGAGGAGCGCUCGCCCAAGGUCGACAAGAAGAAAAAGAAGGGACAAGAGCACAUAUCGCUCGACGAUGGCGCGAUGUCUAGCGCUGUUGCAUCGACCGUGAAUGGCGACACAGAAUCCAGCUCUGUUUCUAACUCGAAGCGGAAGAAAGAUACGAAGCGAAAGGACGCAGAAGGACAUGAGGAACAGUCGGGCAUUACUAGUCAGUAUGAGGAUGAAGAGAUGAUUGACGUACCUGCGCCUGACGAACGAGUCGAAGACGCCAAUGCGGAAGAGGAAGGUCCGAGUAAUGAGCAACUGCAGUCAGAUGCAGAGACCUGUUUUCAGACAUUACGGGUGUCACUCUACGUGCCGGUGCCUGCGAUAGCGUCGCAGAACCAGCUGUCAGCCAUCUUAGCGAUACACCUUUCACCACUUCUAUUAAGCUACUUCCCACCAGCUGGCGGUGUCAUUCUCUCCUACCACGAUCCUGUGCUCUCGGCGAAACCUGAACCAGGGCCAAGUCGACCUCUUCUACCUCCGACUAGCGGCGACAUAGAGACAACAGAAGAGUUAUACUCGACAAUAGGAGAAGAGUUCGGCGCGUCUUGGUUAUGGCUGACAGUGACUUUGCUGGUAUUCAAGCCGGAGCCAGGUGAUCGUCUGCAGGGAUGGACGAACGCCAUGUCAGAAGGAUUCGUGGGGUUGGUCAGUUACAACUAUUUCCAAACUUCAAUCUCAAGAAGCCGUAUACCUAAAAGCUGGACUUGGGACGGACCGACCAGACAAAGGCAUAAAGUCCGGAAGACCCCAAAGAAAGGUCGCCUCAACGAUAGCGAUGAUCCCAGCCAGGACACGGCACUCGAUUCGCAAGAAACCCUUGUUGCAUGCCAAGACGAUGCAGUGGAUGGCACAGCCGGUACAUUCCUGGAUGAGAAUGGCUUGCAAAUCUCUGACAAUCUUGGUUUUCGAGUAUUAGACUUGGAAAUGAUUCAGGCACAGGACAGAGGACGACGGUAUGCGUUGCAGCUUGAGGGAACCUUGCUUGGAGAAGAGGAAGAGCAGCAAACAAGAGACGAGGAGAAACUCAAAUGGGAGAGCAGGAAAGCAAAGAGCCGGCCCAGAGCAAGGGCUAGCACACCCAUGAUGAGCGGAGGACUUCGCAGCGGUAGUAUCGCGUCGACACCUUGA